AUGGGAACGGCAUUAGCAAGAGCAGCUCAGUGGACUGCUGCUGGUUCUGGAACUGGCACACUCGAAAUCACCCCUUUGAACGAAUCUCUUUUAAAUCAAAUUAUUAAGUUUGUGGAGGACUUCAGCAGCAGGCAUCCUCAGGAGGCAGCAUUUGUCUUCAGAGAGCCCCUGGAGUGGGAAACACAACUGUCCUCUUCAGUAUUUGGAGAAGAUUAUGAGAUCAAUGAUGAAACUGCUCAGUCUAAAGCCAAAGAUAAAGAUGGGAAACCACUGCUUCUCCUCACAGGAUCAACUCUGAGAGUUCGCAGUUUUGACCAGCUGUCCCGUUUGCUUGAAGUGGCUGUGGAAAAAAAGUUAAAGGAAGUACAGGCGUGCCUUGAAGCUAACAGGGAUCCUAUAGUGAAAAUUCUUGGCCCUGCAUAUGGCACUGUUGAAGGAGAAGAUAGGUCCAUGUUGCAUUUACUUGACAAAGUGAAAAGAGAUGAUGACACUGAAACAGAGAUGAAGAUUAAAAUCUUUGUUUUUCUUCAUCAGCUUGAUUUGCAACUACUUAAUAGUGCCUUGAAACAGAUUUCACAACACGUCAGACUAAAUCCAGCUGCUAUAGAUAACGAAGUUAAUCUUCUCAAGAAUUUCUCUGGGAAAGGAGAAGAUACAGUAUUGAAAUCACUGCAAUAUACAUCAGAUUACGUGUUCUUUAAUGGAUGCCGAGCUCCUCCCUGGAGACAAGUACAUGGAGAAGUUUGUUAUUUAGUCAUCAAACCACACGACACUGGUCCUUUGUAUAUCACUUGCAGCACAGCAGGAGUGUUUUUAAAUGGAGGUCAACAAGAGGGUAAAGAUGACAUUGACUAUGAAAGAAAAAGUGAUGUUUAUAAAGAUAUUGUCACACUGUUAAGGGAGAAAUCGCCUAGAUUUGUAGAAAAUAUGGCAAAACAGGAAUAUACUUUUUUUAAAGAACCAACAUAUGAGAAGAAGUACCAGCAUAUGGAAGUAGUUGAUUCUAAGGUCUCUGGCCAGUCAGAGAACCUUAAUGAUUUUACAAAAAAGAAUGAAUGUGAGAAAGUGAAAAGUUCUGCAGCAAGAAAGUACACCAUUGAGAAGAAGAAAAUAGGAUCAUCUAUCAAGUUGAAGAGUACUGGUCUUUUGACUGCCCGAAGACCCAAAUAUUUUAGAGACGAGACUGUGAGAAAAGAUACUGGAGUAGAAAGGAAAAGUAGUACUGUGUCUCUGAAAUUCAAGAAGAAAGCCAUUUCUUCUGAAUCUGUUAAAAUACAAUCAUCUUCAAAACGUACAACACCAGACAUGUUUGAAGAUGAAAGUUCCUCAGAGACUGAAGAAGAUGAAGAACAACCUGUAUGUCUUCAGGAAAGAAGCACUGAUUUGCCACCAGAAUACUGGGGAAUUCAGAAACUUGCAAAGUAUUUAAAGGGAGGUAAUGCAACAGCUACUGUAAUUGCACUGUGUUCGAUGAGAGAUUUCAAUCUGGCUCAAGACACUUGUCAGAUGGCCAUCAGAGACCUCGAAUGUCUUGAAGUGUUAAUUAAUUUACUUGAGACAGAAGAAAUUAGAUGUCACAUUGGAUCAUUAAGAAUCUUGAAGGAAAUAAGUCGAAAUUCAAUGAUCAGACAUGCAAUUUCAGAUCUUGGGGGUUUGCAGAUCAUGGUGAAAAUACUGGACUCUCCAAGUCAAGAUCUAAGAUGUUUGGCAGCUGAAACAAUUGCUAAUGUUGCUAAAUUCAAAGAAGCACGAAAGACAGUAAGGCAGCAUGGAGGAAUCAAGAGACUGGUUAGGCUGUUGGAAUGUACUUCAGUGGGAUCAACCAGUCCAACAACAUACCAAGUAAAAGAUACUGAAAUGGCUCGCUGUGGGGCUUUGGCACUCUGGAGCUGCAGCAAAAGCACCAGAAAUAAAGAAGCAAUCCGUGCAGCUGGUGGCAUUCCAUUAUUAGCUAGAUGGCUCAGAUGUUCCCAUGUAGACAUUUUAACCCCAGUAGCAGGGACACUACAAGAAUGUGCCUCAGAGCCAAGUUACAGACUUGCAAUAAGGAUGGAAGGAAUGAUUCAAUACCUUGUGAAAAAUCUGAGUAGUGAAUCUGAGGAGCUACAGAUGCAUUGUGCAAAUGCCAUAUUUAAGUGUGGAGAAGAUAAAGAAACACGUGACCUGGUUAGACAACAUGGAGGUCUGCAGCCCCUAUCUGCUCUGCUUAGUAACUCUGAAAACAAAGAACUUUUAGCUGCUGUGACAGGAGCAAUCUGGAAGUGUGCAAUCAGUGGAGAAAAUGUGUCAAAAUUUCAGGAAUACAAAGCUGUAGAAACUUUGGUAGAACUGCUUCCAGAUCAGCCUGAAGAAAUCCUUGUAAAUAUUGUUGGAGCACUGGGAGAAUGUUGCCAAGAGACAGCAAAUCGAUCUGUUAUCCGUAGAUGUGGUGGAAUACCACCUCUCGUGAAGUUACUUUCUGGGACUAACCAGGCACUACUUGUGAAUGUCACCAAAACAGUGGGAGCUUGUGCAACGGAACCUGAAAGUAUGAUAAUAAUUGACCGUCUAGAUGGAGUUCGCUUGUUAUGGUCAUUGCUGAAAAAUCCUAAUCCAGAUGUUCAAGCAAGUGCAGCUUGGGCUAUUUGUCCGUGCAUUGAAAAUGCUAAGGAUUCUGGGGAAAUGGUUCGAUCCUUUGUUGGUGGCUUGGAACUGAUAAUCAAUUUGCUAAAAUCGAAGAAUAAGGAAGUUUUAACAAGUGUAUGUGCAGCCAUUACAAAUAUAGCUAAAGAUGAAGAAAAUUUGGCUGUUAUAACAGAUCAUGGAGUUGUCUCUCUGUUGUCCAAGCUAGCAAAUACAAAAAAUGACAAAUUAAGACGUCACUUGGCAGAGGCCAUUUCCCACUGCUGCAAGUGGGGGAGCAACAGACUCACCUUUGGAGAGAACAAGGCUGUAGCUCCUUUAGUACGUUACUUGAAGUCAAGUGAUCCAUCAGUUCACAGAGCUACAGCUCAGGCUUUGUAUCACCUUUCAGAAGAUCCCAACAACUGUAUCACCAUGCAUGAGAGCGGAGUGGUGAAGCUCCUGCUGGUAAUGGUAGGAUCUACAGAUGAAACUCUGCAGGAGGCAGCAGCUGGUUGCAUUGCAAACAUUCGCAGAUUGGCUCUAGCAACAGAAAAAGCCAAGUAUGGCUGA